AUGAAAAAAGGAAAUUUUUUAAAAAUUUUUAUGCUAUUUUAUUUUAUUCCUUUUAUUUUUAUUAAUUCUGUGAAACCUCAAAAUAAUAACGAUGAAAUUAUUUCUUUGCCCGGGCUAAAUUUUAAACCAAAUUUUAAGCAAUAUUCUGGAUAUCUGGAUGUGUCGGAUAAAGAUUCUUUGUUCUAUUGGCUGAUUACCUCGCAAAAUAAUAAUGAAAAUGCACCUUUGAUUGUUUGGUUUAAUGCUCCUGGUACAGAAACGAGCCAAGGCUGCUCGCCUCUAGAAGUAUUAUUCACAGGAAUAGGUCCUUAUCUAAUUAAUUCAAAUGGGACUCUUGACAAAAAUGAACACGCUUGGAAUAAAAAUGCCUCACUUUUAUUUAUUGAAACACCAAAAUCAACUGGAUUUUCAUAUCUAAAAACUAAUGAUGAAUAUUUCAGAACUGGUGAUAAUCAGGUUUAUGAAAAGAAUAUUUAUAAAAUAAUAUUGGAUUCUAUUAAAUUAAAAUGA